CAACUCCCUCCAGGCACUGUAUAUCCCCUUCUCUGCCUGGCCCUUCUCGUUUGAGUAUCUCUCACACACUUACAAGACAGAAGGAAAAGGUAGAAUCUGUCUAGUGACCUCCCAACAUGCCCAAGAACAAGGGAAAGGGCGGUAAGAACAGGCGUCGUGGAAAGAACGAAAACGACAACGAAAAGCGUGAGCUUGUCUUCAAGGAAGAAGGCCAGGAAUAUGCGCAGGUUGUGAAGAUGCUAGGCAACGGCCGUCUCGAGGCUCUAUGUUUUGACGGCGAGAAGCGACUGGCACAUAUCCGAGGCAAGCUGAGAAAGAAGGUCUGGAUCAACCAGGGCGACAUCAUCCUCCUCUCUCUACGUGAAUACCAAGACGAAAAGGGCGACGUGAUCAUGAAAUACACCGCAGACGAGGCCAGGAGUCUCAAGGCCUACGGCGAGUUACCCGAACACGCCAAGAUCAACGAAACCGAUACCUACGGCCAUGAAGGUCUUGAGGACAACGUCGAAUUUGACGAGGAUCGCGAAAGCGAAGAAGAGAAGGAGAUCGACGUCGACGAGCUCUAAAAACACUCCACUUUCCACAAUUCAUCCCUGUCCACGAGUGCCACCGGGUUUUUCCCUCAUCUACUUCGGCACCUGCCUGCGUUGUGGCCAACUCAGCCCACCCAUUCCUUCAUUCGGAACAACUUCCUCAUACGAGGUUACCAUAUCAGGAAGUCUCACGUCGGUUUCGUUUCAAACCUACCCUUCCGAAGAGGUGACAAAUAUUAUCAGGCCUAUCGGCGCCGAGACUCGCUUUUCCCCUCUCGGCGCCCUACAAAACCCAGUGAAGCUCUCCGGGUUCAGGGCAUGAAUUAUGGAUAAAGCGGGGAUCUCAAACCACAUUUUUCGCCCCUCCAUCGCUGAAAUGUGUCCUCGAGGUCCCCACAGACAAAAUGAUUGUGAUGCGUAUGAGAUAGAUCGCUGUGGCGUUUCAUUUUUCUUCUUGCGGUGGCAAUUCCCUUUUGUCUGUCCCAUCCUUUUGUCUCCGUCUCCUUUUUCUACAAUCUCAAUUUUAUGAAGAGGGUUACGAAAAUAUGACUAUUUAACAUUCUAUAUCUGCUG